AUGGCGCUAGGAGUUUUAGAAGACCGCCACCUGGAGCAUGUCCCCGGCACAGCUCUUUUAGAAGAGCUGCAGAAGGUAUCUGGAGGUGUUGCGAAGAAAGGCACAGGUCGCUCUGCACACAUCAUUCUUGUCCCGCAGCCGUCGGACGACCCACGAGACCCUUUGAAUUGGCCGAAAUGGAAGAAAGAAGCUUGCUUCUGGUCAAUCUGCUACGGUGCAGGAUUAGUGGGUGCGGUCGGCCCGCUUCUGGCUCCCGGUUACGUCCUUCUGGGCCAACAGUGGGGCGUCAGCGCGAAUACUGCAGCUGCCACAAAUGGCGACACGAUUCUAGCCUUGGGUUGUUUCAUGAUGCUGCAGGCACCAAUCGCUGUGAAAUAUGGGAGGCGUCCCGUCUUCCUACUAUCGAUGCUGAUUCUUUUCACGUGUUCUAUCUGGUCGGCUGUCUCGCAAGGCCUUCCGUCGUUUCUGGCAUCCCGUGUGUUCCAAGGAUGCGGCAUGGCAGCGUAUGAAUCUCUAGUAACCGCGACGAUAGGCGAUAUAUUUUUUGUUCACCAACGUGGUUUUCGAGUGGCGAUAUGGGGACUGGCCAUUAGCUUGGGAAUCAGCAUUGCUCCCAUCGCGAACGGUUAUGUCAUCGCUUCUGACACCCUCGGCUGGCGCUGGUGCUUCUGGCUAAUAACCAUCUUCCACGGAAUCGGCCUAUUGUUGAUAUUCUUCUUCGUCCCAGAGACUGCGUAUGAUCGCAAAUCCCCUGGAGUCGUAGAGACAAGCUCCAUCGCAGGGUCCGACGAGAAAACUCCAGAGCAAUCGUCCGAAAAGGAUCCGGUAUCGGUGACGGAUGUCGAGGCUGUAGUGGAUUGCAGAAGCCAGCAGUAUCUUCCCGCCAAGUCAUUCUUGACUGAGCUGAAGCUAUGGUCUGGUUACGUGAGCAAUGUCAGCAUGUUCGAAGUGUUUUUCCGCCCUUUCCCGUUCAUUCUCUCGCCGGUCAUCUGGUUCACCAUCUUCUCCUACGGCUUGACAACGUGCUGGCUCGUCAUCUUAUCAGCAGUGUCCAGCGUUGUCUUCGGCGGUCCACCUUACAACUUCAACACUUCCCAGGUCGGACUGGUAUCGAUCGGUCCCCUGGUUGCGGGACUCAUCACCACCUUCAUCGCCGGGCCUCUGACCGAUUAUUCGUCCACCUGGUUCGCCAAACAUAACAAAGGCAUUUAUGAGCCUGAGUCCAGGAUGUAUGUGAUGAUCUUUAUGUUGAUCCUGGAAGUGGCUGGGUACGCGUUCUGGGCUUUGAUGCAGAGCAAGAACGUGCACUGGAUCGGACCGGUGAUCAUGUACAGCAUUAUUAACGCAGGACAAGGCAUUGGGUCCACCGCUAUUGUCACAUAUGUCAUCGACGUUCACAGAAAGCAUUCGCCCGAGUGUUUCGCAUUGAUAAACUUUAUCAAGAACUUGAUUCUUUACGGCUUCUCUCAAUUCUCAGUUGAAUGGGUACAGAACAUGGGCGUGCUACACACAUUCGGGAUCCUGGCAGGGCUCACAGCCAUCUGUGUGUUGACGGCUGUUCCAAUGUACAUCUACGGAAAGAGAUGUCGUAGCUGGAUUUCCAGGCACCCGGCUAUCUUCGACAGGGAGUAG